CACCCCGACACAAAACCAUGGUCCAAUAUGGAGGCGACGAAGUCUCCGCGCUUGUGCUCGAUAUUGGCACGUCUACCCUGCGCGCUGGAUAUGCGGGGGACGAUGCCCCAAAGGCCAUCAUACCUACUUCAUAUGGUUACAUCACUCAACCAGCAAGUUCAAAUCCAGAUGUAACAAUGGACGACGCGACUGCAGAAAACGGUGAACAGCCACCAAAAGACGCCGCUCCUGCGGAGGAGACUAGACUGUUCAUCGGGCAACAUGGACCUUCGAUUUGGAGGGCCAACAUGGAGAUUGGAAACCCUAUGAAAGAUGGCUUGAUAAAUGAUUUCAAGCCCAUUCCUGCGCUCAUCCGACACGCAUUCGAGGACGUCAUGCGCGUAAAUCUCGAGGAACAUCCAGUUCUAGUGACAGAACCGGCAUGGAAUACUGUCGCGAACCGUGAGAGGAUGGCAGAGAUCAUGUUUGAAGAGUUCAACGUCCCUGCAUUCUACAUCGCGAACACAAGCGUAUUGAACGCGUUUGCUUCUGGAAAGGGCUCCGCUCUGGUCGUAGAUAUUGGACAGUCGCAGGCAAGCGUCACUCCAGUUGUCGAUGGAUUCGUUCUACGAAAAGGCCUCCACUGGUCCACCCUCCCCCAACUAAUCCACGCACGAUCCCGCCAACAUCUCACAAACGCCGCACAAUACCAUCCACCAAUCGAGCUCCUCCCUUACCAACUCAUCGCCAGCAAAGAACCAGUAGAACCUAAUGCACCACCGCGCUACGUCGCACGCGACGACCGAAUACCCCACACGACCGACAGCCUCCGACUAUACUACGAGACGCGCGAAGUCGACGAGUGGAUCCAGAGUGUUGCAGGGGUAGUGGAACAGGGAUGGAACGAACAUCAAGCAGCAGCGUAUCCACCAAAACAGUAUGAAUUCCCGACGGGCUUCAACACCUAUUUCGGCGUAGAACGCUUCGCGGUCGGCGAGCUCUUCUUCAACCAUGGUCGCGAACUCGAAACAAACCCCACCAUCCCGCGACCCAUCCCCAGUCUCAUCGCCCAAGCUCUCAGCGCCUGCGACCCCGACAUGCGCGGCGUCCUCACAGGCAACGUCGUUCUCUCCGGCGGGGGCUCCUCCUUCUCCGGUUUUGCGGACAGACUGAACGUUGAGCUCAGCCGUCAUUAUCCUCAUGUCAAGAUCCACGCACCGGGGAAUACGGCGGAGAGAAGAUACGGCGGGUGGCUCGGGGGAAGCAUCCUCGCCAGCCUCGGCACGUUCCACCAGCUUUGGAUCAGCAAAGAGGAAUGGCAGGAACACGGAAAAGCCAUCGUCGGCCAACGGUGCAAGUAAAAACGCGGCAAACCGACGCAGGAGCUGUGGAUCGAUUCCGGUCAGAGGGCAGAGGACUCUUUUCUCUGUAUCUGUUUGCAUAAUAGUUGUUUGCGUUCGUUUCUAUUUCAUGUUUUCGUUUCUUGACCUCGUCGCUGUUGUCAUAAAUAUACACAACAACCAAAGAAUACUUGUGCCGUCUCCGCACAUC